AUGUCAGUAGAGCUGACAUCAAUGCCCUCUGGGAUAGACUUGAGGAGAGCGCAAGCUGCGGUGGAAACUUUUCAAAAGUUUCACCAUAAAGGCAACAAUUGGCGCAACGAGUACGCACAACAAGCUUACGAGCAAAUGGUUGAAAUAGCGGCAACUCAACCAGCGCCCACUGAAGAUGAGCCCGAUGAGCCUGAUGUCGAUCCUACACAGUACCCCCGAGACUUACCUGUUAUGACGCAAGUACUCGGGGAACGAUCUCGACAUCUUAGAGGCUUUGGCCAUCUCCCCAGACUGAAGGGAGUUGGGGCCAAAAGAGCACCUGCCACGCAUCCUUCAGCCCCACCGACUGUUACAAUGGAACAGUACGAGGCUUUACAGAAAAAAGUGGAGGAAGCGGAGCAGACAACUCAACAUACGAGGCAGCAGUAUGAGACACAACAACUCUACCUCAGACGAUUCCAAGAUCAGUUUGAGUAUCUUUCUCGAGCUGUGCCGGGUUUCAACUUGCCUCCUAUGGAUCUUCCACCAUUGCCCACUCACAGUGUUUGGAUCAUCGGGCUGCUCACAGUCGGAUCGUCAUCGCAGCCUCUCGAGACUCAGAGAAACAACGAUGACGACAUUACCCGCCUAUAG